AUGGCGGCGUACCUCGUCUUCUUCCCCACGCACGCCGGAUUGAUCGCCGCAAACUCAAGAUUCCUAGUUGAAAUCGGCCGCCGCCUCACCAUCUUCGUCCUCACAUCUAUCUCCACUCUCUCCAUCGACAAGUGCACCAAAUUCAGCCCUUCCAUCAAGUUCUCCACCCCUAACAUGUUCGGCGCCACCAUCACCACCACCGUCCCUCCUCCCCCGCCGCCACUCUCCUCCUCCCACGCAUUCACCGCAUGCAUCAUAUUAAACCCUGGCACCUCCACCCACCACACCCCUCCCUCAUCUCCCUCCUCCACCGCCCGUCUCGGCACAAACCCUAGCCUCGGCACCUUCCCCCUAUCCACCACCACCGGCUGCCCCCCUCUCACUAUCUCCUCCGGCCUUAUCACGAUUUGCGUGUCCGGAAAAACCGCCGACGCGUCCCUCUUCGUCCACACCCCCACCUCCGGCCCCCGCUUCUCCCCGUCCGCCCCAAUCGUGAAAUACGUCAAGAACGGCCGCCGGAUAUUAUGCCGGAAAGCAAAAACCUCGCCGGAUUCCGGGUCGACCUUCGGGUGGGCCGUCAUCGACUCCAACGGCUUUCCAUACUUUUCCUCUCUUCCAAUCGUCACCACAUCUCCCUCGUCCGUCACGCUCACCCGAUACGGAAGGUCCGACUCCCCGAGCGCAAACAACCCGCCGCCGAACCGCGAAACGCUCGUGUUCGCGUUCCCCGUGCCUCGCCGGAGGUCGUACUGCCCGGAGACUAGACGGCCGGCGGCCACCGCGUACCUUGCCAACGUGGCGGCGAGGCUCGUGUAUGCGGAGAAGAGAGCCGACCGAACGCUCGACUUCGUGCUUGUACGUGCGGACGAAGCGGCUGGCGAGGGUGGCACGGCCGCCGGAGAUCCGGACGCAGUGGAGCAUGCCGUCGCCGUCAAAGAGGUGGUGCGGGCCGUGGGGCGGGAAUUGCGGGUUCGGGCCGUUGCGGAUGUAGGCCCCGUCGAGGGCCCGGGGGAGGGAGCCCUCCGCCACGUGGCAAGGGGUCGGGGGAAGCUCGGGAACCGGGGAAAAGUUUCCGGAGAGGACCAAGUUCGGGUCGAUGUUAGGGGGGAGAGUGGGCGGGUCGACGUGCCGGCAAAUGAGGUCGUCGAGCGAGGUGAAGAAAUCGGAGAGUAG